AUGAGAAAUCAGACAAUACUAAAGGAAUUCUUCCUCUCUGGACUGUCUGACCUCCCGACUCUUCAGGUCCCUCUCUUUAUUUUCUUCUUUCUCAUCUACCUUCUGACAUUAAUCUGGAAUUUGCUGAUCAUCUCCCUCAUAGUCACUGACUCUCACCUCCUCACUCCUAUGUAUUUCUUCCUUGGGAACCUGGCCAGUUUAGACCUCUGUUGUUCCUCAGUCACCGUCCCACGAAUGUUAUUUGACCUUCUCACCCAGAGAAGAAAGAUUACCGCAACAGCUUGUAUAACCCAAGUCUUCUUUUUUUUAUUCCUUGCCACUUCUGAGAAUUUUCUGUUGUCUGUUAUGUCCUAUGAUCGAUAUACUGCUAUUUGUCGGCCAUUGCAUUACAUGCAGAUCAUGAGCUGGAAGGUGUGUGUACUUUUGGCAUCCAGUGCGUGGUGUCUUGGGUUUACCAAUUCUUUACUUCAUACCUUUUAUGCCUUAAGAUUAUCAUACUGUGGAUCACAGAUUAUAGAAAGUUUCUUUUGUGAUCUGCCCCAGUUGCUUCAGAUCGCUUGCAGUGACAUCUACAUUAACAUUCUGCUCGUCUUUAUCUUGGGUGCUGUAUUUGCCUCUGGACCUAUAAUGAUGACCAUCCUGUCCUAUGUCUCUAUAUUCAAAACUGUUCUAAAAAUAAAAGGUAAACGGAGUAAAGUUUUCUCUACAUGUACCUCUCACCUGACAGUGGUGUCAAUAUUUUAUGGCUCCAUUUUUUUAAAUUAUUUUCAGCCAAGUGCUAGUCAUCACCUUACUGGUUACAAAGUGGUGCCCAUCUUUUACACAGCAAUCAUUCCUCUCCUCAACCCUCUGGUUUAUAGUCUUAGGAACCAGGAUUUAAGGAUUGCAUUCCAAAAUUGUGUAAAGAAGAUCUUCGACGCAAGAUAG